GGAGAGAUGCCUGCUUCUUGCCUCCCUCUCUUGGGCCUGGCUUUUGGGCCAGCCCUCCUCACCUUCCCGCCCAAUUUUUAGCUCCCGAGGCAGGUCCCUCUUCCCUGGCCAAAGGAAGGAGGAGGAGGAGGAGGACGAGAAGGGGAAGCUCUGCCAGCCUGACAGCAGCCCCAGCCUUUGCUUGGAGGCUGCGCUUUGCAUAACAAGGGAAAGGUGUGGGAAGGGAAGGAGGGAGCCCAGAAGCUGAGCCCAGGAGGAGGAGGAGGAGGAGAGGAGGGCUCCAUCCCUCAGGCAUGCAGCCUCCAUGGCUGGGGGCGCCACCAAGAUGCAGCCGGACUCCUCUCUCCUGGGCCAGAGCCUCAGCCAGAGCCCCCAGGAGCAGCAGCAGCAGCAGCAGCAAAUGCAGCUGCGGCAGAAGCUGAGGGAGCUGCCUGCCUUGCUCCGGAGCGGACUCACGUUGCGGAGGAAAAACUCCAACGCUGGCAGCCGGAUUGUAUCUAGAAGGAUUUCGAAUCCGUAUCUGGAAAAUCCUCCCAGCAAGAUUUAUGGAGAUGGUGCAUCAUGUGCUGCAAGAGCUCUCAGAAAUGUUUUUGUUUUACAAGCUUCUGAUCUAGUGAAAGACAGGAUGUCUCUGAUGGGGCUUUGCAGGAGAAGCUGCAUUGGAUCUGAACUUGUAGAUUGGCUGUUAAAUCGAUGUCCUUUCAUUAAGACCAGAACUGCAGCAGUGGGUGUUUGGCAGCUCCUACUGAAUAUGGGAAUUGUGUUAUCAGUGGACAGACAGGUUUACUUUCAGGACAAGUAUGUUUUCUACCAAUUCUCAGCUGAUGAGUGUACAUACCUUUUGUGUGAAUAUGAGGGAGAAGAUGGAUGGAAAAAUGGUGUGAAACUUUUACUGCAGCUAGUGCCUGCUAUUCCACCCCGGAUUAAUACAUGUAAUUUGAAUAACAGAAAAAUAGAAGAUGCUGCUGAAACCAAUGCUGAAAUUCUUGCUCGCCUCACAGCUGCGGUACAGAGAGAAUUGGCUACUGUUCUUGCUUUGAAGGCAAGAAAAUCAGCAAUGAGUCAUAAUGAUGAAAACUGCAGUGAAGAAGCAGCUGGGCAGGAAGAUCAGAAGAAUGGCCAUGAUGCACAGGCAGGAGUUAUGUGCAAGCUUCAAGAACGAGAGGAUAUUGGGCACCUUGAACUUGUUCAGAAACUGGCAAGAGAAAACUGUCAUCUUCUACAUGCAGACAAAAAAGAACCAGAGAAGACGGACCGGCUGGAUGAUGAGGUGACUACUAUUCAAGUGAAGGAACUGGACCAAGAUGUUCUGGUGCUUAAGAAGGUGUCGUCACAUAGCCCAGCCCCCACAACAGGGAGUGUCGAGAAUGAUUGGAGAUAUGUGGUGGUGUCUGGGACUCCUGAGAAGAUUUUGGAACACCUCCUGAAUGACUUGCACCUGGAAGAAGUACAGGACAAAGAGACAGAUACUCUCCUGGAUGACUUCCUUCUCACAUACACAGUCUUCAUGACAACAGAUGACUUGUGUCAAGCUCUCUUGAGGCAUUAUUGUGCUAAGAACCAUCAAGGGAAGGAAGACAUGCUGGAUGUUCCCUGCAGAAAGCGGAAAGUCUUACAUUUGGUGUCUCAGUGGACUUUGCUCUACAAAGAUUGGCUACAUGAAGAUGAACAUUUAAAGCAGUUUCUAAAGACAAUAUACAGGAAUGUGUUAGAUGAUGUAUACGAAUAUCCUAUACUUGAGAAGGACCUAAAAGAAUUCCAGAAAUUACUUGGAAUGCACCGUCGUCACACUGUUGAUGAAUAUUCACCUCACAGAAAGCAUAAAGCCAUUUUACAUCAGUUCAGCCUAAAGGAGAACUGGCUUCAGAACAGAGGAACUGUGACUGAAACAGAGGAAGUUUUUUGUCGUAUAUAUAUAACAGAGCAUUCUUAUGUCAGCAUAAAAACUAAAGUAUCCACUUCAGCCCAGGAGAUCUUGAAAAUUGUAGCAGAAAAGCUCCAACAUUCACAGGAAGAUUUGGCUCUAGUGGCUCUUUCAUUCUCUGGAGAAAAACAUGAAUUACAACCAGUUGACCAUGCCAUCUCCAAAUCCCUUGAAUUGUCUGCUCGUAUAUUUGUGUUUCGAAAGGAUCUAACAGACACUCUGAACCCUUUUGCUGAAAAUGAUGAAACCCAGCAACGUCCAGUGAGGAUUCUGGGAAUUAAUACCUGGGACCUUGCUCUAGAAUUAACAAAUUUUGACUGGAAUCUUUUCAAUUUGGUUCAUGAGCAAGAGUUGAUAUACUUCACCUUCAGCAGGCAAGGCAGCGGGGAAAACACUGUGAAUCUUAGUCUUCUGCUUCAAAGAUGCAAUGAAGUUCAACUCUGGGUUGCCACAGAAAUAUUGCUCUGCAACCAGCUCUGUAAACGUGUGCAGCUGGUGAAAAAGUUCAUUAAAAUUGCUGCUCACUGCAAAGCCCAAAGAAAUCUGAAUUCAUUUUUUGCUAUUGUUAUGGGUCUCAACACUGCAUCGGUUAGCCGACUUUCUCAGACAUGGGAGAGAGUCCCUGGAAAGUUUAAGAAGCUCUUCACUGAACUUGAAAGUUUGACAGAUCCUUCUUUGAAUCACAAAGCCUAUAGGGAUACAUUCAAGAAAAUGAAGUCUCCAAAAAUUCCCUUCAUGCCUCUACUCCUUAAAGAUGUAACGUUUAUACAUGAAGGAAAUAAAACAUUUCUGGAUAACCUUGUUAACUUUGAAAAACUGCACAUGAUUGCAGACACAGUCCGAUCACUGAGGCACUGCAGGCGCAACCAAUUUGGAAAUGAAGUGCCCACAAAAGAGCAUCAGGAGCUGAAGCCCCAUGUCCACCACUUGCACAUCAUUGAUAGCCAGCAGACGUUAUUUGAGCUUUCUCACAGGAUAGAACCUCGUGUGUGAAUGCAGGCAGACUCACAUAACUGCAGCACUUUCAAUUAACUGAAUGUUUAUGCCAAGCAUGUUGCUUCCCUAGGAGAGACAUGAUUUACUGAGUUUUAUCAGUAGCUGAUGCCACAAUGUAAAUGUGAUUCAUGCAAAGCAAGAAGAGGAGCCGUUUGAAGCAGCCUUCCAGGAGGAAGAAAUGCCAAAUUCAUUCAACUGCAUUACAAGGAAGAAAAGAACAUCAUUCUCCACUUUCAGACACUUGACUUCCUUGGAAAUAUAUCUUGGUCCAAGUAGCUUUCAAUACAAAUUCUGCCAGUGUUAAAUUGAAAGAAAAUGCCAUACCGCUGUGAAGGGACAUUUCAAUAAGCAGCAAUGUGUGAGAAAGGUGCAGAUGAUUUUCUGUAUAGGUAUGUGCACCUCACUGUUUGUAAGGUGCCAAAAUUAUUGAUUGUUGCCAAAAAUAAUGGGAAGGGUGGAUGGGUUCUGAGCAGUCUUUCCUGGGCACAUAUGUAUCAGCCACUGCAAAACUGAAAUAUUGAAAAAGAUGAACUUUUAAGAGAUCAACUUACUAAUAGAACUGAAACAAAUAGUAAAGUUUUAGCCAAGCACCAGCCGAUAAUUUAUUUUAGCAUGCCUUACUCCUCAGAAUAUACUUUAUAGCAAACUUUUCAUGGUAUAGUUUGUGGUAAUAAGUGCAGUGCUUUUUUACUUGAUUAUGUAUUAUAUAAAACAGUGCUUUCAGCAUUUUUCAUAGGUAGUGCUUUUAAAAUUACAGAAUCAUCUUUUUUCCAUUCCUCUCAGUUAUUCUAAUUAAUUUCCACUUCACUUCACUGUGCUAGUAGCUUUAUCAGCAGUCACACUCUCAGCUGUCACAACAUGAUUCAGAAGUGAACAUUAUUAGAAAUAAAUGCAUUAGGUUUUGCUCCUUGGUUGCUAUAUGAUUAGGUAGCUACUGCAAUUACCUUUAAAUAACUGCCACUGUACCUCAGAGCAGUGGCUAACUAGACAGGCAAGGAUCUAUCAGAAGGCUAACAACAGAGGUGUAACAGUAAGAGGCAGAAGUAAUCUUUAGAUUAUGAUUUCACAGAAGAAAAAUGUCUGCAUCUUCAUAUUAGAGAGUGUUCAAGAAUAUUUAACCUAUGCCUUAUCACUUAGGGCAGUGGUCCCCAAACUGUGCCCUUUAAGAGAUUUUGGACUUCAGCUCCCAUAAGCCUCACCCAGGUUGGCCAAUAGUCUGGUACUCUGGGAGCUGAAGUCUAAAAUCCCUUAAAGAGCACAGUUUGAGGACCACUGCCUUAAGGGUAUGAAUAGAAUAAACCCUUGGAAUUAAUUUACUGUAAAACUCCCAUCGCAGUCACUUAAAAAAAUAACUUCUGUAUAAAACUGGAAUAUGAAGUUAACAUGAGAGUUACACAGCCACUAAAACUGAUUGUGGUAAUAUUUUACAGUAUUACAUUUUACAUGUUGACUCUAACCUGCUGUUUCAUUUUGAAAUACCAAAUAAGAUCUGAGCAAUUACCCAGGCACUUAGUUCAGACCUCGACCAUACUGUUUUUCAAGCUUCAUGGGACAUUCCUGCCAGUUCCUGUGCAGAAUUGAAGGAGAUAGUGUUCCUUUGCUGGAUGCAGUAGCUGUGGCCUUCCUUCUCCUUAACUGAAAGCUGGAUGUGGACUCCAGCAUACAAAAUAUGAAGUGUUCAGACUGGAAAAGAGAAAAUCCCUUUGAAACUAAAUUGGGACUACUUUCAAGGUAAAGUCUUGGGAAGAUCUUGGGAUCACUCCCAAAGUAAAGCCCUAGGAAUACUCAGUGUACAGUUUUUGUCUCUCUUCUCUCAUCAGGAGUCAGCUCAAGGAUUUUUGAAGAGUAACUGCUAGACUUUAAUCUGAUGAGAGAUAGGAUUUCAUUCUGUCAUGAAGAGUAGUCAGCAACUUUUUGAAAGAUGAAUGUUGCUCUUAACACUACAAUUUGAUACAACCUGGAAGGAGGGGCAUGUUGAGCACUUACAAUUUGAGCACUUACACGAGUUCUGUUUCAGCCAGCACAGUCUUUCUUGUUGGGAAAACAUGGUAAUUCCUAAAGCAAAAGUCCUUUGAGAUGCCUGGAAAAAAAAUUAAAUGCUUGCUUGUGUCAGAGGGUCAAUCCUGUGAUGUUAAAACAUGACUCAGAUGUGAAGAUUUCCAUCUAAAUCAUUUUGCUUUCUUAACAGUUAUUUUCAAUUUUAUAGAUCAAAGUAACAUUAAUGUUCCCUGAAACCAUGUAUGCAAGUUCCAUUUUAAUUGAGAAUGUCUUCAUUGCUAUGGCACUAGGUUUUGCACAGAAUGUUGUUAAAUAUGGUGCAAGGCAAUGUAUUUUGCUGUCAAAAUCUAUUUAUAUAUAGCUUUGUAUAUAUUCCUUUAUAGCAGCAAAAGGUGUUUAUUGCUUUGCAAGAGAGUAGAAGAUCUGAGUAACAACACACAUCAACUGAAGCAUUUGAACUGUCUUUCCCCUUCUUGUUUGUGGUUGUUAGGGAAUCAUCUUCAGGAACUUUUUUCUCCACAAACUCAUUCUAGGGGAUUAAGUCGUAUUAGAAGACGAUUUAAAUAGUAGUGUAUGAGGGUUUAGGGUUUUUUUUUCUUUUGGAUCAGUGCAGUGAAGAUUCUCUCUAAUAAACCUUGGCUUCACUAAUAUGAAAAUUGUGAAAAUACUGUACAGGCGUAAUGUAAAGACAACGUAUGUUUCAGAAAUGUAAUUUAUUGUACAUUCUAUAAUGGAUAUAUAUUGUUUCUCUGCACAGCUUUUAUUACCCAUUUAAAAAGGAGGAAACUGCUGAAAGAGUAAAUAUGUUCUAUCAUUUAGAUGGUUGUACAUAUUGGUAACAAGCAAGAUGAGCUAUUUCAGUAUUCAGUGGAGCUUUUUGUUUUAACUUCCUACAGCAACUUAGCUGAUGAGGCAAGAUACCUUUUAAUUGAAAGGUAGCACAUCUCUUCAGCAGUAGAAGGAUUAGAAAUUUUGGCUGUAUGCAUGAUUUCUGCUCAAACACAUAAAUAGGUUUCUUUUAAACCCAAACAAACCCUUAGCUUUUGCGAAUAACCCUUAUAAAAAUGAGCAAGAAAACCAGACCUUCAUAGAGUGGAACUAAAUAUUACAAAAGGAGGGACUGCAAGCAAGAUGUCUGUCUUGUGCAGAAUAAUAUUUGCAGGGGGGAUCAGGCCAGUGGCUUAACCUGUACAUUAUUGUGACCCAAUGUUAUGAACAUUUUUCUAGAAUGUAGGAUUUAAAUCUAAAAAUAAAAAAUAAACCCUUCUUAUACCUAUGGUUCUUCCCUGGAAAGUGUACCUAUUGUGUUAAAAAAAUUAGUAAUCUCCUACCUGGACUCAAAGACCAUACACUCAAUUAUGGGAAAAUAUGGACUGGGAGGUUGGUGAUGAACAGAUAUACAAAAACACCCCCCCAAAACAGGGAAACAUACGUAUUAAUUCUCACCUAUAAGUGCUCUCUCAUCAUGCAUGUACAUUAACUGGUACAUGUUUGAUGGUAAAAUGUAUAGUUUCUUCCACUAACUAGUGCACUAACUCCCUGUCCAUCCCAUAUGGCAAUAAUGUAAGUCAACUCUGGUUUUCUCGAUUAGUAGGUGUUCUGAAUUCUAUCAGAUAGACUAUUCAAUUAUUCCUGGAUCAUUUUCUAAUUCUUUCAAAAUUUGUACUAGCUUUUUUCUGUACUCCAGGCAGUUCUACCAAUUUUUCUCAGUUUUAAUGAAGCAAUGGAUAAUCUCAAAGAUAAUGCAGGAGCCACUUGGCCAGUACUUGGCCAAAGGUACUAGUCAAAGUUAAAUUGUGAGCCAAAUUAUAUUAUGAUGUUAGAAAUGGACUAGUGUUACAGCUUUGACGUAAUAAAUGCAAGAGAUUAUGAUGGUUGUCUGGCAUAUGGAUAAUAGAACUAUUCCAAGGAAAUAGAUAAAUGGCUGUGUGGUACCAACUGCAUCAGUUUUGAGAGAAAGAAGCAGCAGUGUGCCAUUUUUUACUUUUUUAAAAAUAAUGUUGAUAUGCAGGGCAGUGUUAAACUAUCAUAAAUAAGACCAUUACCAUUAGUUAUCAUCUUACUGCUAAACAACCAAAUAGUAGGACUUUUCCAGAAAUAGACUGUAUUUUGUUAAAGUGGGAAAGAUUCUCCAGGGUUGAGCUCAGGAAAACCUAACUUUGCAAGUCUGCAGCAGAAGCCAACUGUGUAUUGCACUGAUUGGCAGCUGCCUGUGUCUUUUGCAGCCCACUUCUCUCCAGUUCCUGGAACAGCCCUGUGACUUGUUUAAAUUGUGACUUUAAAACUCCACAACUUAUAUGCAAAAUGAAUGUUUAAAUGAAUUAAAGUGUGUGUAGGUUACAAAUAAAAUAAAAGGUGGACUGUCCUCUAAAAACAUGAUGGAAGAUUUAAGAUGAAUGACCAGACCAGCAUUUUGGUAGCUGGUAUGCACACCUUUCAUAUAUGUUGUCAAGCAAGGGACAUUGAAGUCUCACAGGUUUCAGAUAAGAAAUUUGAAUAUCUGCUUUACAUUCCCACUAAGAGCAAUGGAAUGUACAACUGCAAUCUUGUGUACUAUAAUCUAGGAACUAUUGAACAUAAUGGGUUCUGCUUCUGAAUAAACAUGCAUAAGAGUGCACUAUACAUUUGGCUGGAUUAAGCCUCCUGUUAAUUGACAUCUGCUAACCUUUAAUAGCUAUUAAGAGAUUCAGUGAUUAAAGUGGAGGAGAGGGAAAUAAACAACUUUGCAGCAGUACUUGUAUGUCUAGUCACUUUAUCAAUUUAACAUGUGCUGGGCCCUAGUGAGCAAAGAAAAAGGCAACACAUUCAAAAACAUACAAACAACCGUACAUAUAUCAAUAAAUAAAGUUGGGCUCUAAAAAUGCAAGCUAAGUGAGCUGUAAAUAUUAACCUUUUUAGCAGAGUUAAAUUACUAUUUAUUUCCAUACCGUAUUUAUUGUAUUAUUCUCCUUACACUGUUAGAUACUAAGGCACUGUCGACAAAUGGAGAAGGACGUUUCUCCUGUCCAUUCUGGUCUCCCUGGAGUGCCAUAAUGCUGUCAGCUUGUAUUAAUGGUAAUAGACUAGAUUGCCCAAGCCAAGGUUAUUUGCCUAACUUCUCAGGGACCACACUGCAUACUUACCCAUCAUUAGCUGAACUGGUAUGUACAAAAUGCUCUGAUUACCAGGAACAUGGUUGCCAAUGUAUUCCUUUAUAUAUGUCAUGCUUGUCAGCCUCUGUAUAUAUCAUUGUGUUGUAUAUUUAUGAAAGCUAGUAAGCAAUAAUUUAUACAGUAUGUCAAAAUGGCCAAGCAAUACAAAGACAAAACUUGUAAAAGCAAAUGUUAAUGUUGAAACUUUUUUUUUAAUAUUGCUUUUCAAAAUACAAACUGGAUUAAUGA